AUUGAAACCUCGUAUCAUCUUCUAGAUAGACUCGGAGAAGGGACUUUUUCAUCUGUUUAUAAAGCUAUUGACCUUCAUCAUAACCUAUAUGACAAUUCAAACUGGACUUCUCAUGACGAGGUAGAUGAAUCCAUUCCCUCUGCUUCUAAGACUAAAAGGAAGAGCGAGGGCAACGUGUAUGUUGCUUUGAAGCGAAUUUACGUCACGUCAAGUCCUCAAAGAAUAAUGAAUGAAUUGGAGCUAAUGACUCAGUUGAGGGAUGCACGUUAUGUGGCGUAUCUGAUUCAAGCUAUCCGACACGAGGACCAGGUGAUUGCAAUUAUGCCGUAUAGAAAACAUCAAGACUUUCGGGAAUAUUACCGUACGGCUUCGCUAUCAACCAUUCGACGUUAUCUUUUUUGUCUCUUUUCUGCUCUACAAGACACGCAUGCCAAGGGCAUCAUCCACAGAGACAUCAAACCUGCCAACUUUCUCUUCAAUGUGGAAUCUAAAAUGGGCGUCUUGUGCGAUUUCGGACUUGCUGAGCGAUUUCGACCCAACGAUUGGCACGGGAAAUGCUUACACUCCUUACCGGAGCCAAAAAUGAACGAUUUUCAUGGGAAAAAGCUUCAACAAUCGCUCGGCAACACACAUGAUCAUACCUAUCAUGGCCAAGGCUGCGAACGCGUUGGAUUCAAAAAAGAUGACACUCGACCUGGCGCUAAAGCAAACCGUGCCGGAACUCGAGGCUUUCGCGCUCCUGAAGUCCUCCUGAAAUGCCCGGACCAGACCGGAGCCCUUGAUAUAUGGUCCGUGGGGAUCAUUCUGCUAUGUUUUUUGACUCGACGUUUCCCCUUUUUCAACUCCAAUGACGACACUGAUGCGCUGAUGGAGAUUGCUACAUUGUUUGGGCGGGCUAAACUAGAGAAAACUGCAACUCUUCAUAGUCAGUUGUUUUUGCUUCAUUUUCUUUACCGUUCACUUUACCGUUCACUUUACUGA